AUGCCAAUCCAAUCCCGGGAUUCGCUCCAAAGCCAGCCUAGAGAAUCCACAGGCGAGUCUGCAACCUCCAUGGUGUCGGCAGCAUCCGCAGUGACGGCAGAGUCGGCAGAUUCAGCAGGAACGGCCGUGGGGAGGACGAUCAGCAGCAGCAGCGGCGGCGGGGACGGCGAUUUCAUGACGCCCACAGGCGGCAACACGCCGUCCAGCGCCACCAGCUACGGCUCCGACUCCUCCUCGGGGGGCUUUGUGCUGCGUCCGUUCGCUGCUGGGCCUCGGGAGUUCCGCACCAUCGCCCAGGGCAUCCUGAAUAAGGUGAACCUAAGUGGGGAGCUGCGGGAGCUGCUGGAGGAGGAGCUCGUGCAGCUGCAGGAGCUGCUAGCUCGGUCGCGAGACGAGGAGGAGAGGCUCCGAGCCAAGCUGCAGGGCGACGAGCAGCAGUGGCAGCAGCAGCUGCGGGAAUCCGCAGCCGCUUUAGCAGCCAAGGAGGAGGAAUCCAGGGUUCUGCUAGCUCGGGUGGAGGAGGGGGAGAGGGAGAGAGAGAGGCUCCGGGCAGAGGCGGAUGCGGCGAGGCUUGAGGCUGCGAGUGCAGGUGAGAAGCUAGCUGCGACCAAGGAUAAGCUGGGAGUGGCGAUUAGGAAGGGGAAGGAGGUGGUGCAGCAGCGGGAGGCGCUGAAAGGGACUCUGGCGGAGGAGACUGCUGUGCUGGAACGGUUAAGGGAGGAGCUGGAGCGAGAGAGAGAGGGGAGGAGGGACGCGUUGAAGGCUGUGGAGGUGAAGGAAGGGGAAGUGGCGGAGGGGAGACGGAGGGUGGGUGAACUGGAGGGUGAAUUGGAGGAAGGGAGGAAGAGGGUGGAGGAGUUGGAGGCAGCAGUUGCUGCAGCUGAGGGGAAGGCGGCAGGGAUGGCGGAGGAAGGCGGGGAGAGGGUUAGGGAGAUGGAGGAGAGGGUGAGGGAGGCGGAAGAGAGGGUGCGGGUGGCGGAAGAGGAGGUAGCUGAGGUGAAAAGGCAAGCGGCGGAAGGGAGGGAGCGUGCUGUGGAGCUUCUAGGGCAGGUGGCGGAGAGAGAUGCGCUCCUGGCGAGGAGAGGAGAGGAGUUGAGGGAGGUGGAGGGGCGCGAGAGGGAACUGGAGAGAAGGGUUGCGGAGGAGAUGGAGAGGAGGAUUGAGGAGGGGAGGGAGGAGGGGAGGAGGGAAGUGGAGAGGGAGGUGGGGGUGUGGGAGGGUAGGGUAGAGGAGGAGAGGAGUAAGGCGGAAGAUGCUCUGAAAAAGGCGGAGUGUUUGUCUAAGGAGGUGGAUCAGUUACAGGAGAGGGUUGCAGAGACAGAGGGGCAGUUGGUUGCUUUGCAGACAGAACUUGCUGCAGCGAAGGGGGAGGUAGAGGAGAAGGAGGGAUCGGUGUCAGGGUUAGAGGUGAGCCUGAGUGGGGAGAGGGAGAGAGUGAGACAGCUGGAGGAAAUGGUGGGGACGCUGAGAGGGGAGGUUCAGGAGGCGCAGAAGGCAGGUGGUUCAGAAGCAGACGCGAGAGAAAGGGCGAGAGAGAGGGAGAGUGUGCUGACUCGAGAGUUGGAGUCGUUGCAAGCACAGAAAGAGGCGCUGGUGGGUGCUGUGGAGGAUGAGAGGGCGAUGAGGGAAGAGGCGGAAGAGGCUAAGAGGAGGGUGGAAGGAGAGAAGGGAGAGGUGGUGGAGAAGCAGGGGGAGCUGGAAGCAAGAGUGGAAGAUUUACAGGGGAAGCUGGAUGAGAUGAAUUUACAGGCUAAGGGCUGGGAGGAGCAAGUGGAGGGGCUUAAAGCUGAAGUCGUGGGUUGGCAGGCGAGGUUUGCUGGUCGGGAGCAGGAGUUUGCAGGUUUGACUGCCGAAGCUGAGGCACGGUUGGAAGAGGUUCGGCAGGAGCUGGAGGGGAUGCGAGGGAGGGAGAAGGAGUGGGAAGGGAGGGUUGGGGAGGUGGAGGAGAGAGUGAGGGAGGGUGAGAGAGCGUUGCAGGAGAGUGAGAGGCUGUUGCAGGAGGUGAGGGAGAAGGGGGAGGGGCUUCAGAAGGAGCUCAGUGAGAUGGAAGAGAGAGCAAAGGAGGCUGAGGAACGGAAAAAGGAGGCUGAAGCAAGAGUUGAGGAGGCUGAGAGAAGGAGGAAAGAGGAAGAAGCUAGAUCGAGUGAGCUGUUGCUGCAAGUGGAGGAAGCCAGGAGGAGAGAGAGUGAGGUGAGCGAGGGGAGGGGUGGUGAGAGUGAGGUUGAGGCAUGGAGGGCUGAGUGGAAGGCUGAAGAGGCGUUGCUGCUGAAGAAGCAGGCUGAGAUAGAGGGGCUUUUGGUUGCUAAGGGGCGAGAAUUUCUGGAGCUGAAGGGAGAGUGGGAGAGGGAGAGGGAUGCUUGGGCAACCGAGAGAGGUGAGUGGGAGAGAAAGGCGAAGGGAUGGGCGAUGGAGAAAGAAGAUUUGCUUGGGAGGCUGCAGGGGGAAAGAGAAAAGUGGGAGGAGGAGCAGGGUAGGGUGGAGGAGAGUGAGGGGCAGUUACAGGAACAGGUGGAGGCGGAGAGGAGGAAAGUGGCCGGGUUGAGAGAGGAGAGAGAGCAGCUUCGGAAGAGGUUGGAGGGAUUGGAGGAGGAAGUGGAGCAGGUGCAGGAAGAGGUGGCAGCGGAGAGGCGGAAGGUGGAGGAGUUGAGAGGGAGUUUGGAGGAGGAGGAGAGGCGGUGUGGGGAGAUGGUGAGUGAGUUGCAGGCUGUGGCGGAGGGGAGGGAGGAGGAGAGGAAGCAAGUGGCGGGGCUGACAGAGGAGAAGGAGCAGCUGCAAAGGAGGGUGGAGGGUUUAGAGGAGGAAGUGAAGCAGGUGCAGGGCAAGAUGGAUGAGGUGGAGGAGGAGAAGGGGCAGCUACAGAGUAAGGUGCAGGGGCUGGAGGGGGAGGUGGAGCAGCUGCAGCAGAAGGUGCAGGCAGCAGAGCGGAAGGACGUGGUCACUCUCGCAAAGGUAGUUGCCAGCGAGACAGCCGCAGAGGAAGCAACCAGGCAGCUUCAAUCAGCCCAAGCCGCCCUCGAGGCAAAGCAAGUUGAACUGGCCGCCCUGCAACAGCAAGCAGAGGAGCUGGAAGAAACCCUAGAGCAGCGCGAGACAGAGCUUGAAUCCCUAAAAUCAGACAUCUCGGCGCGAGAGAUGAUCUGGCGUGCGUCGCAAGAUGCAGAGGCGAAGGCAGCAGAGGAUGCUAUUGCGGUGGAGGCAGCUGCUGCAAGGGAGAUGGCGGAGAGAGAGAGGGAUAAGGUGAAGGAGGAAGCUGAGGCGGAAGCAGCGGCUUUGAGGAAGGUUCUGGGAAUGCGGGAGUCGCAGCUGGAGAAGCUGCAGGCUCGGGUGGCCGAGGCUGAGGAGGUGGUUCGGGAGCUGGAGGAGGCUCGGGUGGAGCUCGAGAAAGCUCAGGGGGAGGUGGUUAGGGUUAGGGAGGAGAUGGGGGGAGAGAUGGAGAGAGUGAGGGAGAACAGUGUGAGAACAGAGGAGGAGGUGGAGAAGCUUAGGGCUGCUUUGGAGGGGUAUAGAGAGGAGGUGGAGGAGGGAGAGAAAAAGGUGAGUGAGUGUGAGAAGAGGCUAGAAGAGAGUGAGAAAGAGAGGAGGGCCGCUCUGGAGAAAAUGGAUUCGUUGCUUGGAGAGCUGAUGGAGAAGAGUGAGGAGAAUGAGAGGGUGAGAGAGGAGGGCGCUAGGCUGAAAGAGGAGGCCUGCCGGUUGAGGGAGCAGGCUAGUAGGCUGGAAGAGGAGCUGAAAGGGCGUGACGAGGAGAUUAGUAGGCUGAAACAGGAGGUUUUAAAGGUAAGUGCAAGUGCAGGAGCUGAUGGGGAGAGGGAGCGGAUGGAGGAGGAGGUAGUGCGACUUACUAGGGACGUAGAGCAGAAGGGAGCAUUGCUGAAGGUCGCUGAAGACGCAAGGGCAGCAGCUGAGGCGAAGAACGCGAGCCUGGUGAAGAAGGCGAAGGAGAGGAUCGAAGGCAUGAAGCAGAAGGCUGCAGUUGAGGCCCAGGCUGCUGCAGACGCGAGAGCCGAGGUUGAUCGACUGAAGCGGCUUCUGGAGGGGGGAGAGGGCAGAGGGCGAGGAGGGGGGGAAGAGGGAGGAGAGGGUGGGGCAGGGGAGAUAAGAGCAGAGGCGAAGGCAACGAAUGUUGAGGACGCGGCCGAGAUAGAGGGGCUUCGUGCCAAGGUCUCUCUCCUUGAAACGGAGCUGUCUCAGUUGAAGCAAGGGGAGCGGAGCGGGGCAGGAGCAGGGGGAGAAGGAGCAGCAGGGGCGGCAGCAGGGGCAGCAGCAGAGGCAGCAGCAGAGGGGGAGCGGGUGAGGGAGUCACUGAAGCAGGCACAGGAGCAGGUGGCGGGGGUGAGGGAGAAGCUAAGCAAGGCUGUGCGCAAGGGCAAGGCAAUCGAGCAGCAGAAGCUGAAGCUCGAAGCAGACCUCGCUGCUGCCAGGGCUGAGAUUGACGCUCUCAGGACGAGCACUGGGGCAGGCGCAGGGACAGGGGUAGGAACAGGGCUAGGGGCAGCUGUAGCAGCAGCCGCAGGGGCAGGCGGAGGUGUAGCAGCAGGGGAGCAGGUAGACGAGCUGAGAGGAUUGUUGGCUGAGGCAGAAGAGGCGAGGAGGAAAGAGGUAGAGGCGAGGCAGAGAGAGGAGGAGGCGAAGAGGAAAGAGGAGGAGGCGAGAAGGAAGGCUGAGGAGAGGCUGAAAGAGACAGUGGCUAUGAUGGAAGGAGUGACAGAUGCUCUUGCGGGGCGAGAGAAGGAGUGUGAGGAGCUAAGUAACGAACUUACUGAGCUAAGAAAGUCUCUUAGCAGCGCUCAGGAGGAGGUUGCUAGGCUGAUGGGGGAAGUGGAUAGGUUGGAGGAGGAGGGUGGGAGGGAGAGGGCGGAUGCAGAGGAGAGAUUGGAGAAGCUGAAGAGGGAGAGUGAAGAGAUGGAGGGGUUUACGAAUGGGAAAAUAGCGGAGGGUGGGUUGGAUGAGGAGAGGGAGGCGAGGAGAGUGGCAGAAGCUGAGCUGGAUAGUGUACGUUCUGAGCUGGCAAGUGCUCGUGAUGAGCUGGCACGUGUCCGUGCUGAGCUGGCAACGGCUGGUCGUGAUGAGGAGAGGAAGGAUGAAGGUGAAGCAGGAAGCAGUGGGGAGGAUGCUGAUGCAGUGGCUGUGAGAGAGAGAGUGAGGGAGCUGGAGGAGAGAGUGAGGGAGGAGGAGAAGAGCGUGAAGGAGGAGGGGGAGAGAGUAAGAUUGCAGGAGGAAAGACUGAGGGAGAAAGAGGAGAGAGUGAGGGAGGAGGUGGAGAGAGUGAGGGAGGAGCGAGAGAGAGCCAAGGAGCUGGAAGUGAAAGUGGCAAAAUUGGAGGGUGAAUUAGCAGAGCUACAGUUGCAAUUAGAAAAGGAAAGGGAGGAAUGGAAUGUCACAAAGGAACAGCUUGGAGCAGAUAAUGAACGAGCUUGUAACGAGGCUAAAGAGCAAAGGGACCAAGCAUCCCAACUGAGGACUUCCCUCUUGGAGCUUGAAGCACAGAGGGAUGCGUGGGCAGUUGAAAGAGAUGCUCUUGUAGCAGCAGAGCGGCAGGUGCAGGAUGAGAAGCGGGGUUUGGAGGAGCUGGUUGCGGUGCUGAGAGGUCGGAUUCAGGAGGUGGAGGCAGAGAGGGAUGGGUUGCAGGCAGCUGUUGGUCGGCUGGAGGGAGAGAAGGGGGACUUGCAGGAAGCAGUGGAGUGUUUGGAAGGGGAAAAAGGGCGAUUAGAAGGGGAGAGGACUGGUUUAAUGGCGGAAGUUUCUCGUUUGGAAGCAGAGAAGGAGGGUGCUCAGAUGGAGGAAGAGCGGUUGCGAGGUGAAUUGGAAGAAGAGAGGAGGAGAGCGGAGAGUGCGAGGGAGGAGGGUGAGGAGAGGGGGAGGAGGGUAGGUGAGCUGGAAAGAGUGGUUGAGGUCUUGAGGGGCGAGAUGGAAGAGAUGAGAAGGGAGAGGGGGGAGAGGGGGGAGAGGGAGGAGAGGGGGGAGAGGGGGGAGAGGGGGGAGAGGGGGGAGAGGGGGGAGAGGGGGGAGAGGGAGGAGAGGGAGGAGAGGGAGGAGGUGAGUAGGGAUGAAGUGGCUAAGGGUGAGAAGGAGUGGAGAGUAAAUGAAUUGGAGCGAGCCUUGCAAGAGAAGGAAGGAGAGGUGGAGAGACUGGUGAAGGAGGUGCGAGAAAAGGAGUUGAUAAUUGAGGAGUUGAGAGUGCAGGUUGGGGAGAGGGAUGGGGACCUUGAGAGGCUGAGGCAGGAGGUGGGGGAGAGGGAAUCGAUGAUGGGGGAGUUGAGAGAGCAAGUUGGGGAGAAGGAACGGGAGAUUGAGAAGUUGAAGAGCGAGGUUGGGGAGAGGGAAGGGGAGGUAGAGAGGCUGAGGCGGGAGGUGGGGGAGAAGGAGGCAGCAGUGGCGUCGGUGGCGGCGGCACGCAGCAAGGCAGUGGAGAAGCUGAAGAUGAUGGUUGAUAAGCUCAAGGAGGUGCAAGCACAGUCAGAGGCAGUGGUGCAGGAAGCAGAGAUGAGACUGGAGGAGAAGGACCGGGAGAUUGAAGAGAGGCUGAAUUCGGAGGCAGUGGUGCAGGAGGCAGAGAUGAGACUGGAGGAGAAGGACCGGGAGAUGGAGGAGCGGCUGAGAGAGAAGGAUAAGGAGCUGCAGGGGGUGUGGGACCUUGAUGGUGGUGCUGCUGCUACUGGUGCUGUUGCUGGUGCUGGUAAUGGCGUUAGCAGUGAUGUUACGAAAGGUGGUGAGGGGGAAAGCAUGGCUGGUGGUGCAGCAGCUGGCACUUUGGCGCCACAACAGCAGAAGUCUGAGGCAGGCGGUGCUGCUCUUCCUGACGUGGCAGAGAAGGAUGCUGAGCUGGCAAGGCUGCGCGAUGAGGUGGCAGCAGCGGGCGAGGCGGUGAAGGUGCUUGAGGGGCAACUGGAGGCAGCAAGAAGGGAGGCAGAUGACCUGGCAGGCACCUCACCACUACCCUCCUCCUCCUCCUCCUCCUCCUCCUCCUCCUCCUCCUCCUCCUCCUCCUCCUCCUCCUCCUCCUCCUCCUCCUCCUCCUCCUCCUCCUCCUCCUCCUCCUCCUCCUCCUCCUCCUCCUCCUCCUCCUCCUCCUCCUCCUCCUCCUCCUCCUCCUACUACUACUACUACCUUCUCGUACCAAAGCGCAAGGCAGUCCAGUCACCUCUGCCCUCUUCCUCCUCUUCCUCACAAUUAGCCUCAGCAUCAGCCUCCACUCUCCUGCCAGUCACCACGCAGAGGAAGGCAGCACCCGGGGGAGGUGCAUCCGACACGUCAGCAGAGUACCUGCCACUGCUGGCGCAGCAGCUCGCAACGUCAUCAUCCGCCUCGCUGGCGGGCCACACGGCGCUGCAGAUCUCUGACUCGUACCCCGAUGAUGAAGUGCACGGGUUCAAGUCAAUAGUCAGUGCCUUCCGUUUCCUGCCGUCCUUCCUGCACCCAGCCGCCAAGGGCAUCGACCGCCUAUGUGUGGCGGGAGGGCAGUCACUCAUGGCACGACCCAUGAUGAGGCUGCUGCUCGUGCUCUACUGGAUGGCCAUGCAUGCUGCCAUGCUUGCUAUGCUUGCCGCCCUCACUGUUGCCUGA